AUGAUGCUGCACCGCCAAAGAGAAGAUGCCGCGAUCGAGAAGCUUGGGAUGCAGAAGCAGCCGGAGGAGAAGGACGCGGAGAUCGCGAGGUUGAUGCAGGCUCUCAAGCUGGCCGAGGCACGGCCGACUGCGCCGGCAGCGCCGACCACGAGGCCGAUGACCGCCGACGAAAAGGCAGCGGUCGUCAAGAUCGAGAAGGAACAGGACGACGACCUGACGUACGAGGUGAACGUCGUCCAUCCCUGGCGCACGUCCAAGACGGUCGAGGCUGCCUGGCGCUGGUGGAACUACCCGUCCAACUUCGACUCGCGUCCCUUGCGCGAACGCUACGAGGAGAAACGAUUCCUCGUCAGACACACGCGCAUGAUCUGCAAGGUCGAAAAGGCCGACAAGCCCGCGGCCUCGCCGAAGUCGGCGAAGAAAUCUCGUGGCCGACAACCGUCGACCGACGAAAGUCCCACGACCCCGGAGGGUGAGACGGGGAAGAACGAUGCGCUGCAGAACUGCACUCGCCGGAUGCGGCGGAUCAUGGAGGCCGUGCACAACUUGCGGCGGAGCGAAAAUGACGCUGACACCGCCGCCGUGGUCAAAUUACUCGACCACCUGGGGCGGGCGGGUCUUUCUACUUUCAGCGACGCUCUUUUGGUCCUCCGUGCAACCGCGCCCAUCAAGGCCCCCACCACAGCCGACGGCAAGUCGACCGGCAUCAAGGGUCUGCACAAGCAGCAGCACAGGAAGCUGACCGUUGCGUGGGGCGUCGUCUCGGCGGGCUAUGCGGAGCCUGAUUGGGGAAAGAAGAUCUUUGGCGACUUGUGGGAGGAGCAGGCCACGAAGGUCGGCUCGGAGGCCGAGGCGACCGCGGGAGCGACGGCGGAGUUUUCCGCCGCCGGGAAACGCAAGAGGGCGGGCUGA